GUGUUAUUAAGCCGAACCGGUCCUUAAUUAGAUGAGUUUGAGAUUGGUAAAAACCCCAGACGUGGCAGAAGGGUAUUGGUUAGUUCAUUUUAUACGAAAGGGAAAAAAGUCGUGUCUUUCUCUUUCUCUUUCGUAGUCGGUUGGUCUUUGGUCGGAGUUAAGAAAGCGUCGAGCUUUGGUCGGAGUAAAGGCGGCGACUUUGUUAAUGGAUGAGGAGAAGCAUGAGACAGUAACCGAGAAGAAGAAACCGAGAGUUCUAGUGGCCGGAGGCGGAAUCGGAGGUCUGGUGUUGCUGAAGAAGUUAUGGAAGCUGGAUGUAUCACCGGUGAUCGGAUUAACGGCCUCGUCGACGGUGUCUGUGGUACUUGGUGGUGUUCAGGAAGCAGAGGGAGCGGCGAUGCUUUACUCUGGCAAUCGGAAUUGAGACUACAUGCCGGCGGAGAGUAUUCGAUCGCGGUGCUGCAAGUCUCCUCCGCUACUUACGUCGGAUUCUACGACGGCCAUGGCGGACCCGAAGCUUCUAACGUUGAGACCACACGCCGGCGGAGAGUAUUCGAUCGCGGUGCUGCAACGUUAUCUACUGAUCAUAACGUUGCUGUUGAGGAAGUGAGAAAGGAGGUUAAGGUUAUCUUCGAUGCUUACCUCAAACAAGGAAGGAGAGAUGGAGCAGAUGGGAGACGAGUUUAUGGAGGCGAUACUGUAUGUCAAUGGCGUUCGCAAAGUGUUACCUGAUGGCCUGGCUCAUAUGACACUUCUUGAAUACCUCCGAGGUUUAGGACUGACCGGGACAAAGCUGGGGUGCGGUGAAGGUGGUUGUGGGGCUUGCACGGUGAUGGUCUCUAAUUAUGACAGAACAUCAAACAAAUGCGUGGCACUAUGCUGUUAACGCUUGUUUAGCACCUCUCUAUUCCGUAGAAGGAAUGCAUGUAAUAUCCAUUGAGGGAGUUGGUCAUCGCAAACAUGGCUUGCACCCACUCCAGGUAAUGUUCUUUUUUUUGUUCUAGUUUCAAGAGAAUCUAUGUCCACUAGCCCUGAGACGGUUUAAGAAGGAAUUGAGACCAGACGCCGGCGGAGACUUCCUGUCUCUGUCUCUGGAACUUUGUUGUCGAAACAAAACAUUGUGCUUGAUUAUUAGUGUUUGUGAAACAUAGGCCAUGUUCGUUUGAAUGUUGCAGCACCUACGAUCAAAAUGUUGUUUGAUUGACUUUUGCUUAUCUCUGUUUCCGAAACAUUUAAAUUUGAUAAUUGAACUUCUAAAAGAAAAAAAUUAGUUUUUAAGAACCUCAAAGGAGUUCUCUUAUUGGACCUU